CGGACCCCCUCUUGGCACUUCCCCCCCGGCCCCGGCCACCCCCGCAAACCCACGCGAUCGACUCGACCACGAACUUGACACUGACAGCUUCAAGUUCAACCGUCUCGUUGGUCUCUUCAUUCUCGAUCCGUUCACGAGCACUCACCGAUCCCGUCCGUCGUCGUUAUCCCUCCGAUCUUCUCAUCUCCUUGGUCUUGUCGGUCCGGUCUUCGUUCUCGAUCCGUUCUCUGAGGUCUCACCAUUCUAUUUGUCGUCGUUAACCCCGAGGCUCGAUCACCGAUUUUAUUCGUCGUCGUUAACCCUCAAUCACCGAUUCUAUUUAUCGUCGUUAAACCUCAAUCCACUCAUCUUCUCUUGCUCAUCACACCUCCUGACUCUCUUGACCUUUUGUCUUGGCUUUUUCCAACUGUAUCUACCACUUUUCUCUUCUUGAUCUCAAGAAAGCUCUAAUUCUAUCCAAUCAAGUCACCAAUUCUAUUCGUGGCCGUUAGCUGUUAACCGUUGUCUUUCACUGAGAUUACUACUCGUGGCCAUUUGCCAAGAUUGCAAUCAAACCCAGAGGAUUGGCACGCCCACUGCUUGACACUUAGCAACUUCACCGUUUCUGGAUUGCAAAUGUCACAUCGAAAGCGACAGCGUCCCAGCGCCAGGGACUUCAUUGAUCGGCCAGCACCUCAGGCUCCCGUGAUCGAGGACACCCCACACCCAAUCAACUUUGCUCUGUUGACCACACCAGAAGGGAAUGCCCAACCGGAGGAAUACCUCAAAAAAUUAGAAGAAUUCAACGAACAUGAGCAAACCAUUGAGUUGAUUAAGGGAAAAGAUAAAUUCGAUCUUACCUACUCCUCAUCAAAUGAUCACCAUCUCUACAUUAUCAAAUCCCCUCAACAUGAUAACAAAAUCAAAGACGUGCUAGAUUUUCAACACAUAGCCACACUGUUGUGGGGUCCAGGAAAACGGGAAGUGGCCGACGGGAAAGCAAUCUACCGGGGUCUGCUGAGUUGCCAAGCAAACGAUAAAGUGGUGACGACCGAAGAAGUCUAUGCAAUCAAGUUUUCCUCUCAACGGUCAGCAGAACUUGCUAGCGGAAUUGUCGAGUUCAGUCUCAACAAUUUUUUGAUGUCAAGACACCACAGCGAGGACAAGCCAUCGCUGCUAAUUCAAACAAAGAUUGGAUCGACCCGUUGGUUCAUGAAGGAUUGCGACUCUCCCAUGGUUGAGGCCGACUGGCGAGUAAUUCGCAAGCAAACUCCGUACCUGAGGCCUCUGACUAAACCAGAGGAGAGCCGUCCCCAGCAGCAAAACCACUUACCUGAGAAUGAUCGACUCGCCUUUGAAAUCUCUUACCUCCCCUCUUCCUUCGACAUCCCCAGAAUAAUUGAUAAUCUUUUGCAACUCAAACUCCUUGACCUCCCGACUCAAAUUAAAAUGACCAAAGAAUCCAAUUCAGAAACUCCCAUCCGGAUUCUUCUCAGAUUCAGUGAUCCAACAUCGGCGGUCAUUUCCAAAAUCAAUUUAUUCAAGUUUGGAUUGAAAUCAGAGGAAAAUGAAACGGUUACUUUUUUGACUGAUGACGGGGAUAGUUCGAUUGACGAUAAGUGGAAAAUUUGGUCCAAUGCAAUUGUGUGGGAUGAGCCACGCAUUAAAGCAUAUGUACAAUCCCAAAACCAGAUUCAGGCAGUUAAAUCAGAAGACGAAAUUGAUGAGCUUGAUGAUCAAGGGGAAACCAAGGUUUCAAUUGUAGACAGCGAGUGUCCAGACAGUCAAAAGUUUUUUGAAAGCUCGGACGAGUUCUCAGACCAACCUCAUUCCAGGCCGCCCAAGCAAAGUAGUUCCAGAGCUUAUGUCCAGUCAAUUCGGCAACGUCAAGCAUGUGUUGAGAGAACAAUCUUGCGACUUACGGUUGAGGUGGAAAAGGACUACUUGGAGCAGAAGGCGCAGGACGAUGGCAAACCAAGAUCAAAGUUUUACAACAUCUCCGAGCAGGUUGGGGAUGAUAGAAAGUAUAACAAACUUAUGAAACAACUUGCAAGGAGACGGUUGCUAAGGCGACAGUUGAAAAAUCAUCGGAAAAUCAAGGAUUUGCCGGUCAAAGUCAAGCAACAACGCAAGGAAUGGAGGAAGGAACAGCGCCAAAAAUUUCGAGAUGAGGUGAUUGAAUCUGGGGAUGAAUCUAGUGGAGAAGAUUCUGACGACUCCAGCAAAGAAUCCAACGAUUCCGACGAACCAGAUGAUCAACAUCUUGCAACCUGCCCACAAGAGGAGUGGGAACAAAUCCGCAAAAAACAACGAAUCAGACGAGUCAUGGAAGAACAAGAAAACAGUCCAGGUGCUAAGGGUAAGGAUCCGGAAAAUGUACGGUUGUUCACCAACGAUGAAAUUUACAAACACAAAUUUGCAAGGCCUCAUGAGCCAGGGCCCGGUGACCUUGAAUAAAAUAGCAGUAGCAGUUCUUGUUUUUAUUUAUUGAUUUUAUAUAUCACUCUUGCCUGAUUUCCUUCUUAUUGUAGCUUCAAGUCUG